AUGUCUUCCGAAAAGGCAAAGGGGAAGCGCCCUGCAACUUCGCCCGCACCGGGGUCUCCGGGCCCAAGCAAGAAGGCAACUCAGGAAGAUACCUGGGAUGGUGAAAUUCUCUCCGCCGCAGAGACAGAGACAGAGACAGAGAUAGCUUCGCUUAAGACAAAGAGCCUCAAAGCCGCCCGACAAACCAAAGCCACCUCUUUUGUUCCGGUGAAUCUCGAGGGGAAAGAUUGGCUGAAAGCCGACGGCCAAGAGGCCAUGCUGGCUGCAUAUCUUGGCUUUCAGAACACCUCUGACUUACGCAAAUUUGCAAUUUCAUGGGUGUGCCUUGCAGCCGAACAGUACUUUCGAGGGGCGGCCAGGGGACUGAGGAAGAUCGGACCGUUUCAACUGCUUUCAAAGGCUGCGAACAAGGACAGACUUGCACGGGUAGAGGAACCAGAAACCGCGUGGCCUUACAAGGAUACAGACAGCGAAUUACGAAAGGCUUUUCAGAAGAAAUGGAUCGUGGCCUGGUCGCUAUUUAAGAUGGCGUUUAACGUUCAUGUUUACAAUGCAAACACCGCAGAGGAAAACAACAGACGGACAAAAUCUGAACAGGCGAAGUUUCUAGAGCGCCACGCAUCAGAAUUUGAGAAGCUAAAUCUCACUUUCCCAAGUGAAACAGUCGAAUUCCCCUCUCCCUAUCUCGGCCCCUUCAAAGAUACGAAGGAGGGAGAACUGGAGGUGUUCAAUCGUUGCUGGGAGGUACAGCGAUAUAUUUCAUCUGGGUUUUUCAGGUCAAACUGGAAAAAACGCUUUGGUAGUUCCAAGGCAAUGAACAAUGGAACUACAGUCAACCAGUCGAACUUUCCCGCUUGGAUGCAAACCGCAGGCGAAAAAGUACCGCCCGGCCUUGGGACCAUCGGUUCAACGUUCGAGACCGACAAACUUCCACCCAUCGAGGUCAAGCUUCUCUGGAUUCGGGGUCCAAAGGUUCGCCAAAAUGAAGAAACCGAAGAAGCUAUUGAACAAGCGGACUUGAAAGGCAUAGGUAUUCCCUCGACUGAACAGGAGUUACCAUGGGACCCGCGGCUGUGCGUCAGUGGUUAUCACUUCAGAGAUAAGCUGCUACGCUUCAUGGGCUGCCGAGAGCUUGGACUUAACCUCCAGGGGUUGAGACUGAAAUUCCAUGACAGUGCGGAGGAUAUUGAUUUUGAUCAAGAUGCAAUGGGCGGUUCUUGGGAUAAUUUGAGAGGCUUUAUGUCCAAGCAGACAAACUCCAACUUCUCGCUAUGGGUAAAGCUUGAACCAUUCGACACUGAGGACCCCAUAGCAAACAUUUUCGAAGACCCGCACAUUCCAGCAGACAUCCAAUAA